UUUUUCAAGAACAGAAUUUGGAUAAAUCAUAAACCAAAACCCUCCUCAAGAAAAAAAAAAUUAACUUUUGAAAUCAUAUUUUAUUUGCUAAAUAUCUCUCAACCAUCUCUAGAAUAAUUAUCUAGCAAGGUAGGAAUGUAUUUGAGCCACUGUUACAAUUUACAACCUCUCUUUCUUUCUCCUUCUAUGCAGUGAGAAACUAGAGAGGGAAAGAGAGAAAGGAGGGAGAUUCAUUCUCUCUCCUUCUCAUGUCAAUAACCUUCCAUGGUUGUUGUCCCCAUCACUCACAGCCACCAUUUCUUUACUUUCUCUCCUCUCCUUCCUUUCUUCUCUUUGAAAUAAACAACAAUAAAACCCCAAAAAAACCCUACCAUGAAAGUAACACCAAAAUUUUUUUUUAAUUAGUUUUUGCUAAUGUCACUAUUAUUAUUCUAAUCCUGGUUUUAUUAUCUAAACACUUCACAUUUUCCCAGAAUUUGCAGCUCUCUUUAUGUUUGCUUGUUUGUUUCUGCUCUUCGUUCACCGGCAAGACAUUCAUCAAUUAUCAAACAAACAUCUUAAAAAAGAGUCUUUUUUAGUCUUUUUCUUUUAAAUAUAGAGAGAAGCUGAAAAGGAAAGGAAAACAACAAACUUCCAACCCAAAACAUAUCCUUAUUGCUCCGUUACUUCAAAGAUGCUUCCUACCAUCUGCAUUCUUUUAAUUUGCCUCUCUACUUCUUCCCUUCUCUGUAUUAGAGCUUCUUCUUUCAAUCUCUCCCUUCCACACCAACACCCUGACCCUGAAUCUGUUGCUGAAGAUAUUCAAAGGAGAGUCAAUGCAUCUAUAUCAACAAGACAACUUUUGUCGACUCAAUGCCAAACCGGGAACCCAAUCGACGAUUGCUGGCGAUGCGACAGCAACUGGGGGGCCAACCGCCAACGCUUAGCCGACUGCGCCAUCGGCUUCGGCCAAGGUUCAUUAGGCGGCUUUGGCGGUCAGAUCUAUGUCGUCACUGAUUCCUCCGAUCAUGACCCAGCUAAUCCAACUCCGGGAACUCUCCGGUACGGCGUUAUCCAAAAUGAGCCGCUCUGGAUCACCUUCUCCACUAGCAUGACCAUCAAGCUUAAACACGAACUGAUCUUCAACAGUUACAAAACAAUCGACGGUCGUGGAGCUAACGUCUAUAUUACUGGCAAUGGAUGUCUGACUCUACAGUAUGUCUCCCAUAUAAUAAUCCACAACAUCCACAUCCAUAAUUGUAAACCGUCGGGGAAUACUGUUAUAGCCGCAUCCCCAACGCAUGCUGGGUGGAGAGGCAGAUCGGACGGCGAUGGUAUAUCUAUUUUUGGAUCACAGAAAAUAUGGAUUGAUCACUGCUCUUUAUCAUACUGUACAGAUGGGUUGAUCGAUGCUAUAAUGGGGUCCACUGGGAUUACAAUAUCAAACAACUAUUUUUCUCAUCAUAAUGAAGUGAUGCUAUUGGGACACGAUGAUAGGUACGUUUUGGACUCGGGAAUGCAAGUUACCAUAGCGUUUAACCGAUUCGGUGCUGGGCUGGUGCAGCGUAUGCCUCGGUGUAGACGCGGGUACAUACACGUGGUCAAUAAUGAUUUCACAUAUUGGAAGAUGUACGCAAUCGGCGGUAGCGCUAGCCCUACCAUUAACAGUCAGGGUAAUCGGUAUAUUGCUCCGGCGGAUCCUGAUGCCAAAGAGGUGACUAAGCGCGUGGACACAGACGAAGGAGAUUGGGCAGAUUGGAAUUGGAGGACGGAUGGGGACAUAAUGGUCAAUGGAGCAUUUUUUGUGCCCUCUGGAGCUGGAUUAAGCGCUCAGUAUGCGAAAGCGUCCAGUGUGGAACCCAAAUCUGCUGGCUUAAUUAACCAACUAACUAUGAACGCUGGUGUCUUGGGUGGGCCCAGGAUUCUUUUAUCAAUGACAAAAAGGACGCCUAAAUCAGGAGUCAAGAAGCAACAUAUGCCCAUGUGAGUUAACAGGGAAAGAUUCAAAGUGCUAGUUGCAAAAGGAUGGCCUUUUUUGGGUAGAAUUGUAGGACACCCAUUUAGCUUAGGGUCCAUCUAGCUGGUGGUCUGUAUGUAUGGGUUUUUGUAUACAUGGGAAGGUGACUCAGUUAUAUUCGCUUGAUCUGCUUUCCAGCCAAUAUGUGCGGGGCCAAUUUUAUGGUUUUUUAUCAUAUUUUUCUGGUCCCACUUUGGCAAGAAGCUCACAUCACUAUUGGAAAAGGAGCUUUUUUCCUUGCCUGUGACCAAUUUGCUUGCAUGUUAUUGUUGACUUUUGUUCAUUUGGAUAUGUAUUACUGUAUAGUUCGUAAAUUAUGUGGUUGGGAGUGACAAUAUUGCAGUUGGUAUA